AUGGAGGAACGAAUAGAGAGGCCAUCUUCGUCUUCACAUUCGCCUUCGAAAACAAAUGACAAAGACUCUCCAGCAAAACCUUUGUCUAGGAAGAACAACAACGAUGAGCGAGCAGAACGCAAGCUCAAAAAAAAUGUUUCAGAAACACAACAAAGAUCAAACAACGAUGAUGACAAUGCGGAUCGUGACAACUUGAAACAAGUCACAAAGAAAAAUAGAAAUGAAGAAGAAUUAAAAUUGCAAGAACAACAUUCAAACAGAGUUAUUGCCAAGGUAAAAAAAGAAUCAUCAGAAACAGAAAUCAUGUCAACGAAAUACGAUGAUGAUGAGCCUACCUCAUCGGAGCAACAACAAAGCCAACCCAAAGCAAAAACUGUUGUUCCUCAUCUUGGCUUACCGUCAUCAUCCAGCACAGAUGGCGCCAAGGAAGAAGAGACCCUUUCACAAGAUGCCCUUAUACAACCUCCAGCCGUCGUUUCUUCAACAAUGGAUGACCGUAUUUUGGAUCAGGACGAAACGACAACAAACGGGAGCGGCUCCUCAACUCAAUCAUUGGCAGAGGAUGCCAUAAAUUCCUCUCCAAAAAACAAUGAUCCAAUGGCAGAGUUGUAUCAGGAAAAUAAUAAUCAAGCCAAUGUCACAACACCAGCAUUACUACCCGGAUAUCUUGCUUCACAAUCGGACACUAUUUGGAGUAGGAAAGGAUUGGCUAAAUUUUGGAGAAAAUCUUUGAAUUUUGUAAGGACAUUUUCCUUUACGGAUCCUCAACAAGAACCAACAAUCAAAUCAAACAAACACUCAUUAUUCGAUCCCACAAAGCGCAACAUUGCGGAUAGAAUGACGCGACCAAUUUUAACAUUGACCAUUAAGGGAGCAGAUAUGUUAACUCUAGAUGAAAAUGUGGUGCAUCCUUGUGUUAAAGUUUCGGUCUUGGACAUUCUCACGGGUCAAUAUCUUAAAGCUGACUCGUUCAACGACAAGUCCAGUGAGGUUGUUUUACCACAAAUGACUCUACCUUACAAUAUGAAAAAGACCAAAAGUUUGGUGCCAAUAUGGAAUGAUACCAUGUACUUUGAUACACUUUAUAAUCACUUUCUGAAAGAAAAUGUUGUAUUUAUUUUUGAACUUGUAGAUUUCAGUUUUGAAAAAGGAGAAUACAAAAUAGCCUGGGGAUUCUUAAAGCCUGUGAGCUCGAGUGGAAGAGCCAAUGCCGGCAAAGACUUGCGGAUUCGACUUUUCAAAUAUCCAAGAAAAAUUCCUGGAAUUUUCUCAAAAAUUUUCAAACCACACUCGCCUCUAGUACAACCUUCACAAGCGAGCGCUGCCUUAAACACUAAUGCAGUCUUUUCCACCAAUGAGGCGUUCUUAUUGUAUCAACAUAGACAUCAGGCACAAUUAUAUCCCUCAACUCUCUACAUUGAGAUGAAAGCAAUGACUGAACAAACCAAAGAAAAGAAGAAGGAACAAUCACUUCAACGACUCAAACUGAAACGAGAUGUGAAUGAGCCAUGUGAAAUUCCAUCAAAGUUAUUGUUUCAAUUUGAUGCUGGAGAAAAGGGAUGUAUUUGUUUGGAAUUUUCAAAAUCGGGUCAAUACUUGGCUUGUGGAUGUCACACCAAUGAGAGGUAUGGCCAAUUGAAAAUUUAUGAUGUCUUUGAGGGAACUCUGGUUGAAACGAUUAAUGCUCAUAUUGAUCUUAUUUAUACCAUUGAUUGGAAUUGUGACGAUACUGAGAUUGUCACUGCAUCAUCGGAUGGUAUCUGUAAAGUUUGGAAUGUCGAAUACGACAAGAAAAAGGCCUCCAACAGGAAACCAAAACUCAUUUCGGCGAUGCAACACCCGUGCUAUGUCUACACGGCACGAUUUCAUCCCAUCUGCAAGAAAAUUGUUGCAUCGGGAAGUUAUGACCGUCGAAUUCGAAUUUUCAAUAAGGACAUUGGAAAGACUAUCAAAGAACUCGAAGGACACACCUCUAGAAUCAGUAGCAUUGCUUUCGACAAUGGUGGAACCAGAAUGUAUUCUGCAAGCGGUGACGGUGUGAUCAAAAUUUGGAGUUGCCGCCUCAGAGAGGAUUCAACCUUAGACGAUAUUUCCAACUCGUUUGCCUGUAUGAGAACCAUUCAAGAUACUGAGCUGAGCAAAUCCACUCUCACCUGUAUUCGCAUUGAUCCAAAAUAUUCUCAAGAACGUUUGUUUAUUCAUUCUCAGGACAACAUGUUACGACGAUUGGACACUGGCCUCAAAAACAUUCGUAAUCGAUAUCACGGUGUGAAAUGUUUUAUCAAUGCUCAGAAAUGUAAUGUGAGUCCAGACGGCCAAUACAUUGUCUCUGGAUCCGAUAUUGGAAGAGUUUACUUUUGGAAUGUUGAGAGUGAGGAAUUAAUUUAUAAGGAAGGAAAAGAUUUUGGAUUUGAGGAUUCGCCAGUCUACGAUAUUGCAUGGAGUUCGAAAGAACACAUGAUUGCCUUGUGUUCAUUCGAUGGUAGUCAACCCAUUCGAGUGUAUUGUUUUGAGAAGGCCAUUGAGGAAUUUACCUCAAAACCUCCUCACUCACAGGAAAAUCCUCAAGGCAGUACACACAGUUCAGAACCUUUACACAAAUUGCAGUCGAAUCAUUACACAAAUCCAUCCUUCUCUCAUCACUACACAUCGUCGAAUAUUCAGGCAUUAUUAACCAAACGAUCGAAUGGCUCGAGUAGCAAUGAUCCAGCAGCGGCACUUCCACUCAGUCCUUCAAGUCAAAGUUUUUCACAAUGCCUCAGUCACCCAUUAGUAGUGGCAAACAUGCAUCACAAGUGCCACCGCCACGCAGUUCAACCUUAUUAUCGAGUGGAUUCAAUUUUGGAUCAAGAUCAAAAACACCAGAUCCAAUCAAGCUCAACCCUGAUCAUUCCUUGGUUGGGUCAAGGCCCAGAACUUCAACUGCACCAAAAGUGGAAUUUCAAUAAGACCGUUUUCUGA